UGCUUGAGCAGAAUAAAUUUGAAGGCCCGCCGUUCGAAAUGGUGUUCUUGUUCCGCCAGGAUAGCUCCAGGAGACAAAGUCUGGUAUCAGACAGCGAUCCGCUCUUAGACCAACAAGUUAGGGCAUCCAUUGACGAGGACAAAACAGCAAAUCUCGAAAGAAACUCCAGUUCUCGACCCAUCAAGCGGGUGACCUCCAGUUGGGCCUCUGUCCCAAACAAACCACAAGUGAUCUUUUUAUCACUUGCAGCAUUCACGGAGUUUGUGUAUCAGUCCUCAGCACGCACAUAUUUGUUCCACCAGCUGAGAUGGUUUGAUCCUUCUUUGCCUGACUCGACCAUAUCUACCCAGGCUGGAAUAAUACAAGGUUGCUCAAAAGUUGUACAAGUAUUCAGUUCGAUUAUUGUCGGGCGCUUAGCAGACAAUGCAUCUAUUGGAAGAAAAUACAUGCUUCUCCUUGGCUUGUUGGGAUAUGCAUUUUCUUCUAUCGGUUUGGCGUUUUCGAAAACAUUCUUAUCGGCUGCAAUUUUUCAAGCUGCAGGGGGAAUAUUGGAUGGUAAUUCUGCGUUGGUUCGUACAGUUGUUGCGGAGACAUUCGGUGACCUGGCGCCAAACCCCGUGUUAUUUUCAAACCCCGGGCUUUCGAUUCCCGCGUUCUUAAAGCCCGAUUUUCAAACCCCGCUACUUCAAAUCCCGUUACCUUAG